UCCAAUUCCACAAGUACUUUUUCCUUUCGUUACAGAAACCAACCCAUGUUUCCAGAUAAUAAUUAUUCACUAAAAUUGAAACAGCAACAUUUCUAAACUCAAAGUUGAAAAUUUUGAGCUAACUUACUAGUUACUAGUUAAUUGUGUGAUAUAGUAAAAGGAGGAAGGCAGAGAACUACAACUAUUUUGAGUAUAAUAAAAGGGGUCUUAAAAGCUAGUAAUUUCUACAUGAUCCUAAAUGUUGUGGAAUCAUGAAUUUCUUUUGUGGUUCCAAUAUUCAAAACAUGGAAAUUCUUAAAACCAUGCAAUAUAUUUUACUGUUUUCCAUUUUGACCUUUUUUCUUUUCUUUUUUGGGUAUAUAUAUCAGUUGAGUUGCCACAGGUUUUUUCUUCAGCAUCCAUUGCAAUAGACUCAGAUGUAAACCUUGUGAGUUUUUGCCUACAAAUACCUCAUAUAAUAAAUUGCCAAGGUUAUAAAUGCUUUUUUAAAUUUCAAGUCCUUAUUCUAAUUAUAUGAAGUUUCUGAGUUCAUAUUGCUUGAAGUCAGAUUUGAGCCUUCAAAGUCUUUUUAUCAUCAACCUCUGAUGAUUGCAGGAUCUUAAAAUAUUCUAUUUACAUCCUGACAAAUCAUUGCCAAUCAUAUGCUUUAGAAAUGGAGGUCCUCCACUUCCCGAUUUCUCAAAAGCUUCUUUGAAAGCCUUAGUGAUGAAUCAGUAUAAUGGCUCUGCUGAAAAUAUACAAUAUCUUCAGAAUGUGGACCAAUGCUAUCCAGUGCAGAAAAAGAUCAGAUUUAAAUUGCUAUAUGGUCAGUUCAUUCCAGGAAUUUAUUAUUUUGGCCUGUUCAACGGCCUUGGACUUAUUAGAACUCAAUCAAAAAUGAUUGAUAGUGGCUCAUCAUACUCCUUCAGUGCGAAUGUAACAGUGGAAGGCUGUUCACACCCUGCAAUGCAGGGCCAACAUUGUGAUCAGACUGUUGAGGAUCUUUCAGAUAUACAUGUUGCUUAUGAUGGACAUGUACUGAACUUUUCUCGUAAUUUAUGCCUUGUGAAAGAGGAGCCAAAAGUUUACUCCUUUGACACCUACGUAGGACUCCAAAUGACAAUAAGUGCUAAAGACUUCAGUUUUAAUCAGACUCUUUCAAACAGCACAAGGGAUGCCAAUGAAUUAUCUAUAAUGUUUUAUGCUCGAUUUAAUGGAAUCCCGGAUAAUUCUUUGUAUGAUUAUUCAUAUGACUUAACAAAAGGUCCCCUGGUUAUCCCUAUACCGAAGUCUGGUAUGUGGUAUUUUUCUAUCCAGGCCACUUAUGGGUCAAAAGUUGAGAUAGAUGCAGAAGUUUGCACUUCAGUGGAAUGGAAAAUGGUUGUUUGCCCCGAAAAGAAGGAUGGACCAAACUGUGUUUAUGAAGAGUAUACACUUAAGGGAGUUUAUCAAAAUAAUCCAACUGUUCCUCAAGUUUAUUUUCCAGAUAGCAAACAUGUGGACACAAAAUUGACUAGUUUUCCUCUGGAACCCCUCUUGAGCAAAUCUUCUGAUGUGGAGAAGUCAGGUUAUGCUUGGACUUAUUUUGAUUUUGACACGCCGCAACAUAUAGAAGGAAAGAAUAUCCACAUUCAACUAUUAUCAGAUACAAGAUUAAACUAUGAAAUUUAUAUUAGAUUUAAUGGAUUACCAACUGUUGAUAUGUGGGACAUCAGCUAUUCAAACCAGACAGCCAAGUCCAAGAAUAACUCAAUGGUUAAAUUGUAUGAUUCAACCGAACAAAUAGUCAAUUUGUAUGUCUUAUAUCCCAGAAAUGAAUUUUGGAUCAUUGGAUUAAGACAUCCUGUUUCGGUGGAAAAUUCUUCCAGACCAAACACCAGAAUGUCUGUUUCAGCUAAAUGGUGUCCAAAUAAAUGCUCAAAUCAGGGAACAUAUCAGGCAUGUUAUGAUGGAAGUCGAACAAUUUACUACCACUACUGCUCCUGUGAUAGAAACCAUGGUGGAUUUGACUGCAGUGUUGAUUUAUUUUCCAGAGCAGGAAGAAUAUGGCAUCGGACCUGUAUUAUUGGUUCAAAUGUUGCAGCCAUACUUCCUGCAUUUAAGGCCCUUCAACAGAAGGCAUUUGCAGAUUUUUUAAUCUUCAUCUCUAGUGGAAUUUCAAGUGCAUUAUAUCAUACUUGCGAUGUGGGUUACCGGUGUAUUUUACAAUUUCAUAUUCUACAGUUUAUGGACUUUUGGCUAUCUUUCUUGGCUGUGAUGAGCACUUUUGUUUACCUAUGCAAUGUUAGUGAAGCCGCGAAACGAACUAUGCAUACAAUUGCAUCGAUAAGUUCAGCCCUUCUAGCAUUAACUGGUGCAACCAGGUCAAGCAAUAUUCCUAUUGUUCUAUCGAUGGGAGCUGCAGGCCUUCUUAUCGGGUGGCUGACAGAAUUAUGCAGAGUGAACAAAUUAUCCUCGUCUGACAAAGGAACUAUGUUAAGCUUCCCCAAGAGAAGGCAGAAUGUGAAAGUUGGGUUUGUAAAUAUAGGAAAGACACUUUAUAGAUACUUUUGCUGGGUCUAUGUGGUCCUUGGCUUCGUUGCAUUUUCCAUUGCUGCCAUAAGCAGGGAAAACGAAAACAGUCAAAACUACUGGAUACUUCACAGUUUAUGGCAUGUUUCUAUAUACACAUCUGCCUUCUUUUUCUUUUGCUCUAAAGAAAGCAAUCCAAAAGGUGAUUUGGAUGGAGGACCAAGAACAGCAUCUUCAUAUGAAACAGUUGCAUCAAUUUGACAAAUAAACUGAGAUGGGAAAUUGUUAAUUAGGUUCAUAUCUUCGUAAAGAAAAUGAAGAUAUAGACAGGAAAAACAAAAUCUAAAAAAUGGGAAGCAAGCCAAGAGCAGCAAUUACUUCUUCAAACAAAAGAAUGUAUAAAUGUGUAGACAAUAAAACUAUACUAUAUAUUUAUAAUACC